GAUGAAUCGACUUGUGGUUAUCAAUGCGGCUCUAUUUGUCCUCACUGCAAUCAGUGCUGCAGGCGGUUCGUGGUGUUACCAUGAUCCUAGUUGUGGUGACACCACUUGGCCCACCAUUGCCUCAGAACAUUGCAAUGGAUCGCGACAGUCUCCCAUCAAUAUUGUCUCCGCAUCGGCAGUGGUUGAUGCAACCCUGACAACCUUCACCUUCACCAAAUACGGAGACAAUUAUACAAUGAAGAGUAUCAAGAACACUGGCAAAACCGUCAAAGUCAAGCUGACGAGUGGAGUCCAGAUUGCAGGCGGGGCCCUGUCUGAGGCCUAUGACAGCCUGCAGUUUCACCUGCACUGGGGCAACGGUACCUCUGUCCCUGGGUCGGAGCACACAGUGGAUGGAACCCAUUACCCCAUGGAGUUGCACAUAGUAAAUGCCAAGUCUUCGCACAACGGUAACACGACCAUGACCGUUACAGACAGCACGGGACUCGCUGCUCUUGGUUUCUUCAUAGAGGCCAUACCGGGCAAUGUGACUGGUUCACCAGCAGCCUGGAAUACUCUGACAUCCUACUUGGCCAACAUCACACUAAAAGAUGAUAUUGUAAACAUUACUCAUGCUAUUUCAUUGGAUGAACUCCUGGAAGGGGUGGACCGUACCAAAUACUACCGUUACCUUGGCUCCCUGACCACUCCCAAUUGCAAUGAGGCUGUGGUUUGGACCGUGUUCAAGGACCCUAUCAAAGUCAGCCAGGACAUGAUUGAUCUCUUCAGCACAACAUUGCACAUUGACCACAACUCCACCUCUGCUUUGAUGACCAACGUCUUCAGGAACAUCCAGCCUGUCAAUGGCCGGAUGGUGACGACCCAGGGCAGCUCAUCCACAGCCCAGCCACCGUCGGGAGCCUCCACAAAGUGCUCCUCUCUGGGCCUCAUGGCCCUGGCCUGGAUGCUGCUGAUGGUUUAGUGUCUAUGAGUAACGCCUUACCUGAAGUGCACUGCCAUGUCUCCAUUAACCCUCAAGCUACCAACGUAUUUUACAUACGCCAAUUACCAACUAGGGUCAAAUUUACCCAGAGGAGAAACUAUUGGAAAAAGCAACAAUCAUAGAAAAAUACUAACUUAUUAAAACAUCAUUAUUUAGAUAAGUUAUCUGAAAUAAAUAAUACUUAUUUUAGCUACAUUUCCUAAAAGAAAAUAUAAAAUGUUCCUUUAUAUAAAGUGCAGUUUUUUUUCCAAAGUACAGUCUACAUUAUUUCCAUGGUAGUACAAGGCUAAUUUACCAUAAUUUGAUAAAAGUAUAAUUUAGUUUUCAGAAUGUAAGUAAAUAUUAAUGUUUUCAUAUUUAUGUGGUAAAAACAACUGCCCUUUAAAAAAGUAGUACACCAAAAUUCUAAAUAUACUUAAUUUUAUUGACACAAAGUCAUUCAAUUCACUUCAAAAAGUGAUCCUGAGAGACAUUAACUUAAAACAUUGCUUAAUUUUCUUUAUUUACUCACCCCACAGCCAGCACCAGCAUCACUGUUGGUGAAACAAUGGGAGUGGUGGGUGCUAUGGCAGCAUUUUUCAGAAAGCACCCUCGAAUCCUCUAAGUCACUUCAAACCAAAUAGCAUAGCAUCCACAAUGUCAAAAUAUGUUGCACAUAUACAAUAUUGGAGGAUAUUAUAGGAAUUCUGGUAUUUAUAUAACCUUUUCAGUAGAAAAGUACUUUUUCAGAGAAUACAAACUAUGUAUCCAUUCAGAGGGUAGCUGGUUUUUGUAUUACAGUUCUACUAAGUAUUCAUAACACUGACAGACAUUUAUGAGCUGGUUUGACUGCAACUAAGCAUAUAUCUAAGGUUGUUCUGAUUUUGUACACAGUCUUACCUAGUUCUAACCAUAGGUCAGUACAUAAGGUGCUCCUUCUCUGCAGUUGAUCUGUUUAUCUGGUCAAAAUCACUGAAACAGUUCCACCGCCAUCUAAUGAUCUGUAUAACUUAAUGUUAUGUAUCCAGAGAAACUUGGAUUCAAAUAAAGACGUAUGUCCCCUAGAAUAGCUACUUUUCGGAGUAUACACACUAAUACAGCUCUCUUUGUAGAUUCAGAGCAUAUCUGAGUUCUGUAUUGCGUUUCUAUCAAAUCGUUAUCAUUGGCAGAUGUUGUAUACCAUUGGGAGAUUUUUAUAUACACAAAAUAAGAUAACAUAGGUUUUGUACAGUCUUAUGAUGUGUGGUAUAUAAAAGUACAAUCUUAGGUGAUUACAUGGGGAGCUACAGUGCAUUCAAAAAGUAUUCAGACCCAUUCGGUUUUUACACAUUUUGUUAUGUUACAGCCUUAUUCUAAAACUGAUUAAAUUGUUUAUUUUCCUCAUCAAUCUACACACAAUACCCCAUAAUGACAAAGCAAAAACAGGUUUGUAGACAUUUUAGCAAAUUGAUAAAAAUACAAAACUGAAAUCUAAAAUUUGCAUAAGUAUUCAGACCCUUUACUCAGUAAUUUGUUGAAACACCUUCGGCAGUAAUUAAAGCCUUGGGAUUUCUUGGGUAUGACACAACAAGCUUGGCAAAACUGUAUUUGGGGAGAUUCUUCCAUUCUUCGCUGCAGAUCCUCUCAAGUUCUGUC